AUGCAUCGCGCCGCUCUGCAAGCUGUCCGCACAACCUGCCACUCCCGCGUCCGAUCGGCUGCCUUCGGUCGACCCUCGCUGCGAAGUCUCCUCUCCUCCGCAUAUUCCAUUCAACGGCCGUCGAACCUUCUCGUUACCUCCAUCCGCGCCGCCUCGCUGCACUCGUCCUCGGCCGCUGCCGCUGCUGCCCGCCAAACGCACGCCGCCACCAGCCUGCCCCUGCGGUCCUCCAUGUUCUUUCGGCGCAUCCCCGCCGCGCUCGUCUCCAGUAUCGUCGUCGGCUACGGCGCCUGGUACUCGUACAACGGAGGCGCCACCUGGAAUCUCACGAGCGCUGCCGGUGCGCGCAGCCUCACCUCGACCGCCGGCCAGCCGCCGCUAGGCACUACCACCGGCACGGCAUCUGUGGCCCUGCCGACCCGGACCGUGCUCGUAGUUGGCGCCGACGAGCUCCGACAGGGCACCAUUGUGGGCGAGGAGCCUAUUUCCAAGACGACGAGCGACGGCCGCCGCAUCGUCGAGAUGCUGAGCCCCGAGCAAGCUACGGAGAGGCUCCGCGAGACAGAGGAGUCCUUCUCGGUGAGCCGCGGCCAGGGCGUCACCCGCUACGACCUGGUUCAACUCUCCAGCAACGACCCGAUCGAGGAUGAUCACGCGGAAAAGAUUGUCGAGGUUACGGCCUCAUCGGCGGAUACGCAGAACAACGACUGGAUGUUUUGGGGUGUUUUUGAUGGCCACUCUGGUUGGACUACCUCGGCGACUCUGCGUGAGAGCCUCAUCAGCUACGUGGCGCGUGAGCUGAAUGACACGUACAAAACAACUAAGGGAGGGCUACCCGCUGCCGACGCCAUUGAUCUCGCUAUUAAGACGGGCUUCACCCAGCUCGACAAUGAGAUUGUCCACAAGAGCGUCGAGAAGGUCUUCAAGGCCAGCUCCAAGGCCGUGGCUGCUGAGCUUCUGCAACCAGCCAUGUCAGGCUCGUGCGCGCUCCUAUCAUUUUACGAUACCCGGACUCAACUUCUCCGCGUAGCCGUCACAGGCGACUCGCGCGCUGUCCUCGGACGCCGCUCCGAAAGUGGCAAGUGGACAGCCACCGCCCUCUCCGAAGACCAAACCGGCGGAAACCCGCACGAGGCCGCGCGCCUGCGCAGAGAACACCCUGGCGAGGACAAUGUCGUGCGCAACGGCCGCGUGCUCGGUGGUCUGGAGCCUUCACGCGCCUUUGGAGACGCCGUCUACAAAUGGAGCCGUGAGACCACCAUCAAGCUCAAGCAAGGUUUCUUUGCCCGCAGCCAGUCGCCGUUGCUCAAAACGCCCCCAUACGUUACGGCGGAGCCUGUGGUGACGACGACCAAGAUCAACCCCGAGAAUGGCGACUUUUUAGUCCUGGCCACCGACGGCCUCUGGGAGAUGCUGACCAACGAUGAGGUCGUCGGUCUUGUCGGCCAGUGGAUAGAGUCGCAGGCGAAGAUGGGUGCGUCAUCGUCUUCCAGCUCGCACUUUGAGGCGGCUUGGGCCAAGGUGUUUGGCGCCUCCAACAAGGCGCUCCCUGUCGAACAGAGCAAGGAGUCUGGCGAUGGCGGCGACGGUCAGCGCGUGCCGAUUCGCAUGCAGCAGUGGGGGAACGACCCCGCGGCCAAAGGGCGCUUCCUGGUCAAGGACAAGAACGUGGCGACACAUCUUGUCCGCAACGCCCUGGGCGGCUCCAACGACGAGCAGGUCCGCGCCCUCCUAACUCUUCCUGCACCGUUUUCUCGACGCUAUAGGGACGACUUGACUGUGGAAGUCAUAUUCUUUGGCAACGGCCCUAAGACGGGCGAGGUUACUGUGAACCAUGAAGCAACAGCCAACAACGGAGCUCCCAAGCCUAGACUGUAA